UUGGGGUGCAGAGAAAGAGGCGCGGGAGGGGGCGCUCCAGGGUCAUCCAUUGUGGGGGAUACUUAGGCACGGAGGGGGGAGAAGACUCUCGCUGCUCCGGGAACCAAGGGGUUCGGGGGAGAAAACUGAGGCAAAGGGGAGGGGCGAGGGUUUGGUUUCAAGGGCAUAAGUCUUCCAGGGGUCCCAGACCCCACUGGCCGCAGGUCCCGCACUCCGAUCCCACGCCCGACCUCCGCCCGGCCCGGAGCUUCUGGAUUUUCCGCGAGGACUUGGAGCGCACCUGCGCUCUCAGCAGGGGCCAAUCAGAAUGCCCUCAGGGCCCCCAAGCCCCGCCUCGGCCCCGCCUCCCGCGCCUAGUAAGCCUUAGGGCACGCUGGGAGUCUCCUGGUGCGCAGGCGCGGCUUCCUGGUUUGGAAGUUUGCUUCAGUUCUGUGCCGGGCGAGUUGGGGAAGAGCCGCCUGUGCGUAGGCGCGACCUUGGAGUUUCUCCUUCCCCCCCUUCCUUUUUAAGGUUCUACCCCUGCACCUUCCCGGGAGGACCCAGUUGGAGUCAGUUCCCGUGGCUGCGUCCCCGAAAUCUGGCGCGUUACGCAGGCUCCGAGUGCGGGGGUGCGCGUGCAGGAGCGGGGCGGAGUGUGCGAGCUGUGCCAGGUGGAGUAGCCGCGCGUGGGGGCGAGUAACUACUGUAGGAGCAGGUCAGCAUGCAGUCUUGGCAGAGAAGGCUCAGACCCCGGCCUCCCUCCCUGGGGCCCCUCUCCCUCCCCCGCCCGGCCGGCAGAGCGCCCAAGCCCGGAACCAGAGACAUGGCCCCCGGCAGCCGGAGCCCCUCGUCCCAGGAGUUGGUGACCAUCAAGGAUGUGAUGGUGGACUUCACUGAGGAGGAGUGGGGGCUCUUGGACCCUUCUCAAAAGGAGCUGUACAAGGAGGUCAUGAAGGAGAAUGUACAGAAUCUGCUCUCCCUGGAUGUGGAGCCCAAGAUUGAAAGGAAUGAAAUGACUAAGAAGCUGGGACUUUUGGUGGAAGAAUGUGACCUGCAAAUAUUUAUGAAGGAUGGUCCCUGUGCCUUGACUUUGAGGGAAAUCCAUGACUCUGACAUCUCAGUAGAAAACUCAAAGACUGACUGUGAAUUGGAUAAAAUUAGAAAGAGAUUCAGACAGUCUUCUUUCCUAAAUCAUUAUAAAAAAAUGAAUUCAGGGAAUAACUUUCUUCUGGAUAGUGAAUAUCAAAAAAGUUUUCCUGAACAAGUAGAGCCUUUUCAUUUCCAGGAGAAGCCUGCUGAAAUACUAAUGAAUCCAUAUAAUGAAAGGGAAAUGGCUUUUAGCAAGAGUUUAAACCUCAUUACGUAUCAGAAAAAUGAUACUGGAGAAAUGUUCUGCGUGGGUAGUCAAGUUGGGCAGGCCUUGAGUCAAAAGUUGAAACUCAUUAUUCAGCAGCAAAUUCACAUAAGAAAACAACCUGAUGAGUAUAAUGAAUGUGACACAAUCUCAUCCCAUCAUUCAUCUCUUCCUUGCCAGUCUAAAGUUGACCCUAGAAUGAGAAAAUCUUCAUUUGGUGAGUAUGGGAAGGCCUGUGGUUGGAACUCAGACCUUGAUAGAUCUCAAAAGAUUCAUACUGGAGAGUUGUAUAAAUGUAAAAGGAAGAUCUUCACGCAGCCACUCUUUCUAGCUACACAUAAGGGAAUCCAUACUGGAGAAAAACCUUUUGAAUGUAAUCAGUGUGGAAAAGCUUUCAAAUCCAGUUCCAGUCUUAUGCAACAUCUGAGAAUCCACACCGGAGAAAAACCUUUUGAAUGUAAUCAAUGUGGGAAGGCUUUCAGGGUCAAUCACAGGCUUGCAGAACAUCAGAGAAUCCACACUGGAGAAAAACCUUUUGAAUGUAAUCAGUGUGGAAAAACUUUCACACAAAAGGGAUAUCUUAAUAGACAUCAGAGUAUCCACACUGGAGAAAAACCUUAUAAAUGUGAUCAAUGUGGAAAGGCUUUUCGACUCAGUUACCUUCUUUCUCAUCAUCAGAGAAUCCACACUGGAGAAAAACCUUAUAAAUGUGAUCAAUGUGGAAAGGCUUUUCGACUCAGUUGCUUUCUUGCUCAUCAUAAGAAAAUCCAUACUGGAAAGAAACCUUUUGAAUGUAAUCAAUGUGGAAAAGGUUAUAUGAAGAGAUACGGUCUUGUUGAACAUCUGAGAAUCCACACUGGAGAGAAACCCUUUGAAUGUAAUCAAUGUGGAAAAGCUUAUAUGAAGAGGAAACAGCUAGUUAAACAUCAGAAAAACCACGCUGCAGAGAAGCCUUUUGAAUGUAAUCAGUGUGGAAUGGCUUUCAAAUUCAAACACAGGCUUGCAGAACAUCAGGAAAUCCAUACUGGAGAGUAAUCUUUUGAAUGUAAUCAGUGUGAAAAACCUUUAUAAGAAAGGCUUAUCUUACUGAACAUCAGAGAAUCCAUAGUGGGAAAAAAUCUUAUAAAUGUAAUCAAUGUGGAAAGGCUUUUACACGUAAGGCUUAUCUUACUGAAUCAGGGAAUCCACACUGGCAAAAAAAACCCUAUAAAUGUAAUCAAUGUGAAAAGGCUUUUAUAUACAGUCGCAAGCUUGCUGAACACCAGAGAAUCCACACUGGAAAGAAACCUUUUGAAUGUAUUCAUUGUGAAAAAACUUUUACACAGAAGGGAAAUCUUGUUGAAUAUCAGAGAAUUCACACUAGAGAGAAACGUUUUGAAUGUAAUCAGUGAGGAAAGGAUUUCACAUAAAGGUCCUUUUUUAGCUGCACAUCAGAAAAUCUACACUGGAGAGAAACUUUGUAAAUUAAAUCAAUGUGGAAAAUUGAUAAAUGGUCAAAGGAUAUGAACAGACAAUUUUCAGAGGAUGAAAUUGAAACUAUUACCACUCAUAUGAAAAAAUGUUCCAAAUCAUUAUUGAUCAGAGAAAUGCAAAUUAAGACAACUCUGAGAUACCACUACACACCUGUCAGAUUGGCUAAGAUGACAGGAAAAAAUAAUGAUGAAUGUUGGAGGGGAUGCGGGAAAACUGGGACACUGAUGCAUUGUUGGAGGAGUUGUGAACAAAUCCAAUCAUUCUGGAGAGCAAUCUGGAAUUAUGCCCAAAAAGUUAUCAAACUGUGCAUACCCUUUGAUCCAGCAGUGCUACUACUGGGCUUAUACCCCAAAGAGAUACUAAAGAAGGGAAAGGGACCUGUAUGUGCCAAAAUGUUUGUGGUAGCCCUGUCUGUAGUGGCUAGAAACUGGAAAAUGAAUGGAUGCCCAUCAAUUGGAGAAUGGCUGGGUAAAUUGUGGUAUAUGAAUGUUAUGGAAUAUUAUUGUUCUGUAAGAAAUGACCAGCAGGAUGAAUACAGAGAGGCUUGGAGAGACUUACAUGAACUGAUGCUAAGUGAAAUGAGCAGAACCAGGAGAUCAUUAUACACUUCAAUAACGAUACUGUAUGAGGAUGUAUUCUGAUGGAAGUGGAUUUCUUUGACAAAGAGACCUAACUCAGUUUCAAUCGAUAAAUGAUGGACAGAAGCAGCUACAUCCAAACAAAGAACACUGGGAAAUGAAUGUGAACUAUUUGCAUUUUUUGUUUUUCUUCCUGGGUUAUUUUUACCUUCUGAGUCCAAUUCUCCCUGUGCAACAAGAGAACUGUUGUAUCUAGGAUAUACUGCAACAUAUCUAACAUAUAUAGGACUGCUUGCCAUCUGGGGAGGGGGUGGAGAGAGGGAGGGGAAAAAUUGGAACAGAAGCGAGUGCAAGGGAUAAUGUAAAAAAAAUUACCCUGGCAUGGAUUCUGCCAAUAUAAAGUUAUUAUAAAAUAAAAUAAAAUAUUAAAAAAAAUUAAAUGUGGAAAGGCAUUCAGUUAUAAAUCCAGGAUUGGUAAACAUCUGAGAAUCCACACUUAGGAGAAAAAUUGUGACUGUAAUCAAUGUGAAAUGAAUUUCACAAAGACUUCCCAUUUGGCUAUAUAUGAGACAAUUCACACUGGAGAGAAACCUUUUUGAUUCUAAUCAAUGUAGAAGGACUUUCAGAUGGAGGUGUUGUCCUGUUAAACAUCAGAGAAUCCACACUGAAGAGAAACAUUUUGAAUGCAAUCAGUAUGGAAUGAUUUCACUCUGAGCUCCAAUCUUGCUAAAUAUUAGACAAUCCACACUGGAGCCAAACCUCAUGAGUGCAGUGAAUAUAGCACAGCUUUUGUCAUUCUCAGCCUAUUUAGGAGAAGAAGGUCCUCAAUUAAGGGAGACCUUAUGCACAUGAAAACAUGGUAAUACCUUCCAGCACCAUCAUUUCUUGUUUCCCACCUCAGAGUUCAUAUAAGACAAAAUCUGAUCUAGUCUGUGUAUAGUUUGCAGGAAUCUAUGUCAUUCUGACCUGUCACUAAGCACUUCCUGCAGGAAGUUCCAGGAACAUAUGUGCUUGAAAUAGAUGGAAACAGAUUUGCAGGAGUAAUAAAGCUUUCAAGGUGGAUAGGAGGAGAGAUAGUUGGUCUGAGAAUGUUAAAAUUUCUCCUUGAACUCAAAAUUCACAUAGUCCUUUCAUACCCUGAAUAAUUUAUCUGCUUUUUGUUUUCCUUUUUGUUUCCUUGGCAGCCCUGUGACUAGAGCAUGUUUAGGGAUAAUAAAGUGUCUUGACUACUGGCUUCAA